GGAGUAAAAAUCUGAAAUGCAGUUGAGUGGAAACAUAAAUUGGCAUGAAAUUGAAAGUACUUGCAGUACAGAGGCUCUAUUUCCCCACUGAUUAACAGAGACUUUCCAAGAUAUAAUCACUACUGUAACUUCUCUUGCAUUCAUAAUCCAGCUCAUAUUUCAUGCAGCGGACGUCAAGAGAUGACACGGCGUCUAUUGACUGUACUCCACGGUAACCCGAGCAAAGAUUUCCAUCAAAUAUUACUCAGCAGGAAAUAACCAUUAAACAAAACGGCCUUAUCAUCCUCUUGCAGGUAGUCUCUUUAAUUAACUGCGCUGCGCCUCCACUCUCCAAGCCCCCUCAAACUCGGGGGGUUUUAAGACCCAGCAGAGGUACAAUAGUGAACAUCUGUCGCCUCGGUCUCCACAGUAUGAAUUGCGCCUGGGCUCCGGUCUGAAGACACACAGGCAGCGGCAGGCGGGCUGGCACAGUGCGGACUGUACUGGAGUGGAUUCCGGGAUGCGAACAGAUGCCGCUGGACCAUGAGAGAAAGUGGAGCCAGACGCACUGAGCCGCAGCGAUAAGACAGCGCAAAAUGAAGACACCUAUGCGCCAUGGGGUAGCGGUGCUUCUCGUGCUUCUUCUGUGCGCCAGCUUGUUCCUCGUGUACAACGGCAGCUUCAACAGCGCAUCCAGGGACGCUAACGACACGAGCAUCCGACAGCAUGAACAGCUGCGGCGACCCACUGAAGCCCCCGUCAGGGUGGCCAAACCUCACCCCCCGGUCCUGCAGGGAUAUAGCGGCAUCAUCGACCAUAAGCCUCUCAGGAUGCACUGCCAGACCUGCGCCCUGGUGACCAGCUCAGGUCACCUCAUCGGAGGCGCUCGGGGUGAAGAGAUCGACCAGGCCGAGUGUGUCAUCCGCAUGAACGACGCCCCCACUGCCAGGGGUUACGCACGUGACGUCGGACGCCGCACCUCCCUGCGUGUCAUCGCUCACUCCAGCAUGCAGAGGGUCCUGAGGAGUCGCCACGAGCUGCUUAACGCCAGCCAGGACACGGUGUUCAUCUUCUGGGGCCCCAGCAGCUACAUGAGACGUGAUGGGAAAGGCCUGGUGUACAACAACCUGAGACUGAUGAAUCAGGUGCUGCCCAAACUCAAAGUCUACAUCAUCUCCUGGCAGAAGAUGCUGCAGUUUGACGAGCUCUUCAAGAAGGAGACGGGCAAAGACAGGAGGAUAUCAAACUCCUGGCUGAGCACCGGCUGGUUCACUAUGACCAUCGCCCUGGAGCUGUGCGAUAGGAUCAAUGUCUACGGCAUGGUUGCCCCGGACUUCUGCAGGGAGCCUCAGCACCAUUCCGUCCCCUACCACUACUACGAGCCACGUGGUCCAGAUGAGUGCGCCAUGUAUAUCUCUCAUGAGCGCGGACGGCGGGGCAGCCACCACCGCUUCAUCACGGAGAAGCGGGUCUUUGCCAACUGGGCACGGACUUUUGACAUCCACUUCUAUCAGCCGGACUGGAGCCCUCCGCCACUCCCAGCCAACCGAACGCUGGAGUGGACGGUAACGGCGGCGCCUUUGGUACCCCAGAAGACGUGACCGGUGUCCGGUGAAGAAAAUGCUUCAGAGAUUCAUCUCAGAAAGCCUGAUGAUGGGAGAACAUUUGCAUUCAGGGAUACUGGACCCUUUAACAACAACAACAA